ACAUACUAAAAAUUACUUUAGAAAUCUUUUGGCAUAUCGAUUUUUUGACGGGUUGAAACAAUACUACACGUUCUCUUGAGAAGAAAAAAGCGUAGAGGAUAUGUGGAUUUAUUCAGUGCACACUCAUAGUCACUACGUGCACCUGGUAAAACAAAACGCUGCAUAUUCAGUUGUAUGAUGGGUGUGGUGUUGAUAACUUUUAAUUCUCUAUUUAUAUAUAUAGCCACUUUGGAAUUUGGAUCCAAAACUCGAAAACCCAUACACAACCAUUUCUCUUCUCUUCGUCUCUUGUCUCUCUCUAAAAUGGAAAACAGGGCUUUUUUGCUUCACCUUUGGCUUCUCACCAUUAGUGUCUCAUUACUUGUGAAUACAACCCAAUGCAAGAGACAUCAAGAGCAAGCUCUAAGCAACCUCUACAAGUUGAAAAUGGACCCGAAUUCGCACAUCGACACGAGCAUUUUCGACGCCAAACAAACUAUGAUCAACGAGGCCAAUUUCCAGUCUCAAGGGGGUUUGAAAGAGAGAGACAGAAUUGAUAGACUUCCUGGACAACCGAAUGUGGAUUUUGCACACUAUGGUGGGUAUGUAACAGUGGAUAAAUCAGCUGGUCGUGCUCUCUAUUACUACUUUGUUGAAGCAGCACCUCCACAGUCUACAGAGUCAAUUCCACUCCUUCUUUGGCUCAAUGGAGGCCCUGGUUGUUCAUCUCUCAAUGGAGCAAUGCAAGAGAUUGGACCUUUCCGGGUUCGUAGUGACGGCAAAACCCUUUUCAGAAACAGAUAUUCAUGGAACAACGCUGCAAAUGUAUUGUUUCUUGAGUCACCAGCAGGAGUGGGGUUUUCAUACUCCAACAGAACAUCAGAUUAUGAUGAUCUAGCUGGUGAUAGAAGCACAGCAGCAGAUAACUAUGUGUUCUUAGUGAAUUGGCUUGAGAGAUUUCCAGAAUACAAAGGCAGAGAGUUUUACAUUUCUGGCGAGAGCUAUGCAGGACACUAUGUGCCUCAACUUGCUCAAACUAUUCUUCACCACAACAAGAUCUCCAACAAUACCACGAUCAACCUUAAAGGAAUCAUGAUUGGAAAUGCAGUGAUCAACGAUGAGACUGAUAAUCGAGGAAUGUUCGACUACUUAGAAAGUCAUGCUCUAAUUUCCGAUGACACAGGGUAUCAGAUUCGAAAAUCCUGCGAUUUCUCACCAGAAGCUGUGAAGCAGCCUAGCCAGUGCACCAAAGCCGUUGAAGAAGCUUUCAAGAAUACGAAUUUCUUCGACCUUUACAACAUCUAUGCCCCUAAUUGCUUCAAUCAGAGUGUCACAGCCAAGCCCAAACCUGGUUCAAUUCUCAACUUUGAUCCGUGCAGUGAAUAUUAUAUGCAUGCUUAUCUUAAUUGUCGCGAUGUUCAAGCAGCAAUGCAUGCUAAUGUCACCAAACUCACCCAUGACUGGGAGCUCUGCAACGAGGAUAUCCGUAGAGUUUGGAAAGAUAGACCAUCCACCAUGCUUCCGGUUUUGAAAGAAUUAAUGGAAAACAAGUUUCGAGUCUGGAUUUUCAGUGGAGAUACAGAUGGGGUAUUACCAGUUACUUCAACCAAGUACUCCAUUAAAAAGAUGAAACUUGAUGUAAAGACUUUAUGGCAUCCAUGGUUUAUUGCUGGUGAGAUUGGUGGGUACACACAAGUAUAUGAAGGAGAGUUAACGUUUGCAACAGUAAGAGGAGCAGGGCAUGAAGUACCAAGUUAUCAACCUAUAAGAGCACUCUCACUCAUCAAACACUUCCUUCAUGGCACACCUCUCCCUGAUACUUCAAGAAAUGCCUGAUUAUUACCUUGUUCUGCUUAUUUCGACGGAAAUUAAAGAGGGAGUAUGGGAGCUGAAUUUAAUUGUCUAUUUUAAUUCUCAUGCUUUCCUUUACAUAUAUUGUGGAUAGUAACAACUACUUGAAGUGAUGAAAAGAGAGAGUUGCAGAGGAACUCUGUUUUCUUGUGUGAGUUUUAUGCG